AUGAAUAACAACAACAACAUUAUAAACGUUUCUCAUGAUGCUAUGGUUAUUAAACCGGAGCACCGCUCUAUGCUUCAGAGCAGCUCACCUAGAAGCCAUGGUUCCAAAAGAUAUUCUCCACCUCAAGAUUCAGAAGAAAAUAGAGGAUCAGUCGGCGGCCAAAGUAGCACCAGUGCUGUUGAUCAGGUCCGGACACCGCCUGAAGAUGGCGGUGUCACGUCUUCAUCCACCAUUUGCCCAGCCCCAGUUUGUAGGCAGUUCUGGAAAGCUGGAAGCUACACUGACGAAUUGAGUGCAAAGUCUCAUCAGCCAACUGGGAAAAAUUAUCUUCAUGUGCACCCUUUGUUCCUUCACUCCAAUGCUACUUCACACAAAUGGGCUUUUGGUGCUGUUGCAGAACUGCUUGACAAUGCUGUUGAUGAGAUCCAAAAUGGGGCCACUUUUGUCAUUGUAAAUAAAAUCACAAAUCCAAGGGAUGGUACUACAGCAUUGCUAAUUCAAGAUGAUGGUGGUGGGAUGGAUCCUCAGGGAAUGCGGCAUUGCAUGGGUUUUGGAUUCUCAGAUAAGAAAUCGGAUUCAGCCAUUGGAAGAUAUGGAAAUGGUUUCAAGACCAGCACAAUGAGACUUGGGGCAGAUGUGAUUGUUUUCAGCCGCCAUUUUAAGAACCAAACAUGGACACAAAGUAUAGGGCUCCUUUCUUAUACAUACCUGACACGUACUGGCCAUGAUAGAAUAGUUGUUCCCAUUUUGGAUUACGAGUUUAAGGCAUCAACUAGUGAAUUCCAGCGUUUGCAAGACCGAGAACAUUUUAUAUCCAGUCUCUCCAUUCUACUAGAAUGGUCUCCAUUUUCAACAGAGGCAGAACUUUUGCAGCAGUUUGACGAUGUUGGGCAACAUGGAACAAAGGUUAUCAUCUAUAAUAUGUGGCUCAACAGUGACGCUAAAUUGGAGUUAGACUUUGAUUCGGUUGCAGAGGAUAUUCUCAUUGAAGGAAGCAUUAAAAAUACUGGAUCGAAGAUUGUGAAUGAUCAUAUUGCAAGCCGGUUUGCUUACUCUCUUCGUGUUUACUUAUCCAUAUUAUACCUGCGGAUUCCUGAGACUUUCAAGAUAGUGUUGCGUGGUAUGGCUGUUAAGCAUCAUAACAUUGCUGAUGACCUCAUGCAUCCGCAAUACAUCUUGUAUAGGCCUCAGGUUGCUGGACAAUUAGAGGCUGAAGUUGUAACGACGAUUGGGUUUCUGAAAGAAGCUCCCAAAGUAAACCUUAGUGGGUUCUGCGUUUAUCACAAAAACCGCCUAAUAAUGCCAUUUUGGCAGGUUGUGCACAACACCUCAGCCGGAGGUGGAAGAGGAGUUGUUGGUGCUCUAGAAGCUAAUUUUGUUGAGCCAACCCAUAACAAGCAGGAUUUUGAGAAAACUCUCCUUCUUCAGAAACUUGAAACCCGCUUAAAAGAAAUGACACUGGAGUAUUGGAAAUGCCAUUGUGUGUUGAUUGGGUAUCAAGAUACUAAGAAGCCUCGUGUUCGAGUACCUAAAAAUGUUCGACCUGGUGGUAAGACAAAUGGUAACAUGUUCCCGACAAAUUCUGCGGGAGAUAGUGGCAGACAAGCAAUAAGUCCUCCUCCAGGCUUCCAAGCAGUUUCUCCGAAUGCAAAUCUGGCAUCUCUCCCUAGAGUUUCAUUUGAGCCAGUGGUGUUGGAGAAGAGGAAAGAACAUCCUGAUCUUGUUGCAAAUGCAGCGUCAAAAAGAAGAGUGGGAGAUAAUGGAUUUAAUGUCCCGGGGCAGAAUCAGUUUAUGCAUGGAUCUGCAAUUCGGGUACAGGAUACUGAAACUGUUAAGUUGAUAGAAGAAAACAAGAAGCUCCGAGCAAAAUGGUUGGACCACAAGGUGCGAAGUCAAAACCUUGAACUCAAGGCCAUAAAUCUUAGGAGUGAGAUUGGGAACGUUAAAAGCGAGUAUGAGAGGUUAAUGGAAGAGCUACAAGCUUUGAGUGUGGUGAAAGAGGAGCGCAGAAGAAAUGUAAAUACGUAG